UGAUUCCAGUACCAACCCCACAAACGUUAGGAAUUUAUGCAUCGUUGGAAAUAUUCACAAUCCAGCUUGAAUUGCGAUUAAAAAAUAAGGAAUUGAUGCCAAAAUUCACACUUUACGACAGACUGCUAUAGUUUUUUCAGUGCCGACUCAUUGCAACAAUCUUUUUUUAUUAUUAAAAUUUUGCCCGUUCGAAUAUUAAUACAUUUAGUUUUCAAAAAUAUUCUUUUUCGUUUUGGAGCAGUGAGAUUAUUGGAAUACCGGGUGUUAAAAAUUUGCAAUAUAACCUGAAAUAAUUCAAAAUGAUUAUUACAUUAAAAAAUUUACAGCAACAAACGUUCACUAUAGAAAUUGAUCCAUCUAAGACGGUGAAAGACCUCAAAGAUAAAAUUGAAAAAGAGAAAGGUUUUGCUGCUCAACAUCAGAAAUUAAUAUAUGCUGGUAAAAUUUUAGUUGAUGAUCAGCCAUUGACAGAGUAUAAUAUCGAUGAAAAAAAAUUUAUUGUUGUGAUGGUUACCAAACCUAAACCAGUAGCCGGCUCAACUAGCACUGAAGGACAAAUUGAUGAACCAACGUUACCAAGGAACCCUAUAUCAAUUAAUGAUCCAACAGCACCAGCCGUAGCCCCAGCUAGACCUAGACCCACACCAGUCCCAGAACAACCAUUAGCAGCAGCUAUUGAAACACGAGAACAACCAGAAAGUGCUUUACUAAUGGGUGAAGAAUACAACACAAUGGUUAAUAAUAUUAUGGACAUGGGUUAUGAACGUGAGCAAGUGGAACAAGCACUCCGUGCAAGUUUUAACAAUCCAGAUAGAGCUGUUGAGUACUUGUUGACUGGAAUUCCAGCUCAAUUAUUCGACGACAUGCCCGAAGAUUCCUCAGAAUCACAAGCUGGUAUUAAUGUUCCAGCAAUAAAUGACCAAGAUCCAUUAGCAUUUUUACGGAGUCAACCUCAAUUCCAACAAAUGCGUCAAGUAAUUCGCCAUAACCCACAACUUUUAAAUGCAGUUCUUCAACAAAUCGGACAAUCUAAUCCUGCACUAUUGCAAUUAAUUUCCCAAAAUCGAGAAGCCUUUGUUCGUAUGAUGAAUGAACCAGGAUCAACUGGAGGAAGUACAGCACAAGCAGGAUCUUUACCAGCAUCUAAUCCAAGUGGUAGAGGUGGCAAUGGUGGUGCAACUGGAGUAAUUCCUGUUUCACAACAAGAUAGAGAAGCUAUUGAAAGGUUGAAAGCAUUAGGUUUUCCAGAACAUCUGGUUCUCCAGGCGUACUUUGCAUGUGAUAAGAAUGAAAACCUUGCAGCUAAUUUUUUACUAUCUCAAAACCUUGAUGAUUGAAUAAAUAAUACAAUGAUUAUUAAUUAUUAAUAUUAUUAAUAAUGAUAACACAAGAAAGGAAAUGGAGGAUUGGAAGUUCAGACUGCAGAGCUCACGAGACUGUUCAUGAGGAAUGAACGCGUGUUCAAGUAACAUCAUUGACCAUCUAUACGAAAAAAUAUAUGAAUAAAUAUAAAUAACAUAUAUUGUAUACAUUCAUUGGUAAAUAUAUAUAAACAAAGCAUGCUUCAGUAAUAUUUACUUCGUUUUUGAAAAUAAGUCUUUGAUAUACAUUGAUAUAAAAAAAAAUUCCGUGAUAUGUUUCACGUAAUUGUACAUACAUCGAAAUAAUUUAAAAUGUAUUGAAAAUAAGUGAUGAAGUAAGGUUUAAAGUAGACACAUAAAAAUGUUUUUCAUUUAUGUAUUUUACUGGAAUGUAUACAAUAUAUGUUGCAAAUAUUUUUUAAAUAUAUCUAUAUUUUUUCGUACGGGUAUUAUAAUGUUUAAAUG